CUCAUGUCCUAUAAGAGGACUUGUCCAAAGAGAAGAAAAUCUUGCAGAUGUUUAAAAAAAAAUUAAACCAUGCUAAGGAAAGAUAGAGCAAUGGAUUCUACUAAGAAGGAUGAAGAUAAGCUAAAUUCAACAAAAUGUGAGAUAUAUGAAGCCAAAGAAGAAAAUGAAAGGCUAAAGAAGAUGUUAUCUAAAAUGAUGAAGGAUUAUAAAUCUUUGGAAAUGUAUUUUCAAGGCAUAUUAACUCAAAAAAAUACAAAGAAUAUUAUUGCAACAAGUAAUAAUAUUCAUGAAGAAAAAGAAGAGGUGGAACUUGUUUCUUUGAGCUUAGGGAGAAAUAGUAGUACUUCAAGAGAGUUGAUCAAGAAAGAGUUAUUAUAUGAUGAUCAAAAUAAAAGUAAUAAAAACCAUAGUAAAUUAUUAUUUGAUGGGCUUGAGCUUGGAUUAGAUUGUAAAUUCACUCAAGAAAAUAGUUUUGAGGGGCCAAAGAAGGAGAAUAUAAAUAAUGAACGACCAGUAUUGAUACAAAAUUACCCUCCAUUGGAUUAUUGUGACGAAGAAUUUUUGCAGCAAAUUCCUCAAAAGAAGGCUAGGGUAUCUAUACGGGCGGUGUGUGACACUAUUACGAUGAAUGAUGGAUGUCAAUGGAGAAAAUAUGGACAAAAAACAGCUAAAGGGAAUCCAUGCCCUAGGGCUUACUAUCGUUGCACCGUCUCCCCCUCAUGCCCAGUCAGAAAACAGGUUCAAAGAUGUUCUAAAGACACGUCCAUUUUGACCACCACAUAUGAAGGAACACAUAAUCACCCCCUUCCAUUUUCCGCAACCGCCAUGGCUUCUACGACCUCUGCCGCAGCCUCUAUGUUAAGAUGCACCUCAACAUCAUCAACAUCACAACAAUUUUUACCAAAUAUUGAUCAAAAUCUUCAUGGAAAAAUCAACUUUACCAAUAAUACUUCAAAUAAUAACUUACUAUUAGCCACUCAUAAUAAUUCACCAACUUUCUACUUACCAAAAACUUCAAUUUCUACUUCCCAAUCACACCCCACAAUUACUCUUGAUUUCACUACAAACUCAUCAAGUACUAAUUCUUCAUCAUCCAAUUCCCACUCCACAUUGUGUAAUAAUAUCAAAAGUGAAAUUGGACCUUCUUCAUAUCUAGGGAGGCCAUAUUAUUCUAAUCAACCUUAUAUUACUUCAAAAGAACAAUCAGAACACCAUCGUUCAGUACAGUGGCAGAAUCAGAAUUUUUGAUGAAUUGAGUCAAAAGAAUGCAAAAGCAUCACACUUAGGAUUUGAUCAUGUGACCUAAAAUGAAUUUUGGACUACUUUUUGUACAUUAAAGUAGAAUCUUCUUUUAUAUGAAAGGAAGACUAUUUUUGUUUUUAUUUUAUAUGUACAGUAUAAUUUUUUUGCAAAAGAUAUUUCUUUAUCUAACCUGUAAAAAUUCUCAACAAUUGUAUUUAUAUGACACUAUUUUCUUUUUAGUCUCUUAUAAAAAAGGGUCUUUUUCAUAUUCGGAAAAAAAUUGAACUUUAAAACUUCCCAUGUUGCUCUUAGCAACAUGUUUUAAGACUCUUUUUUAAACUCCGCGCCUAAUCAAUGGGGUUCAACAUAAGAUGAAAUGGAUGAAGUACUAAUGAAGAGUAGUAGUAAUAGAUUUUUCUAACGGUGAAUUAGAGAGAAAUUUGUGUUAUACAACAUGUUUUUCCACUCAUUUCCACCAAAUCAGUGC